UCAUUAUUUUCCCCCAAAUAUUUUCAUGCAAACGAUCAGGUUUGCUUUGACCAUUGCGAUAGUAAUUUUCCCUUAAACUGAUAUUGAUUGUUUGUUUAGUUGGUUGCUGUUUCAUCAAAAUUGCUGCACCAUACUAAUUGAUAUCUGUUUAGUUUUCACACUGUUCGUUUGUUCAAAGUUUAUUGAUUUUAUGACUUUGGAUUUUGAGAACCCUUUAUAAUUUAAGUUUGCAGAACAUGAAUUUUGUGUUAAUUUAACCUACUAACCCAGCACUUAGCUAUAGCGCUUCUGACAAAUCAUAAUCUGAAAAGUUUCUGAGACUUCAAGUCAAGUUUAAUGUGGUCUUGAAAAGAGACAAAGAUAAGGAGAUAAUAUAUAAUAUUUGCUUGCUAGAGUAAACACGGUUUGUCCGCAUUUCGUAUUUUCAAAACCGUGUCUUCUGAUUGAUUACUACUGAACUUGCACUUCAUGAAUUUCUAUAGGACCCCGCAAUUCGCUAUUGACUUUUAAUUCCUUAUCGAACUUUACCAAGUUUCAUUAAAAUGGCCCCUUCGGACGGAAAGAAAACUAUGCAACUCGAUGAGUUCAAUUCACAUCUGGAAGAGGAGAAGGAGUUCCUGAGAACUCAGAAACCGUCUGUGGCGUCGACAGGAAAAGGAGAGCUGUUGCGUUUCUCAUCCCAGGACAAUUUGCCACUUAACGCAGAGUUCGUAGAUCCAGCGCCCGAAGAUGUGAAGUGGAACUCUUUUGGGUACGGUCUGUAUUUUCAUUUCCUCUUCCAGGGGUUCGUGAUCAAAACACUCUUUUCCAUUAUCUACCCAUUUUACGCCAAUUAUCUCAACUUGGACAGUAACCAGUACCGGGCGGCUAGUACAUUACCGUUGGCGGCAUGGUCACUAAAGACCAUAGUUGGUGUGGUCAGCGAUGUAUGGCCUAUUUCGGGCCAGCGUCGCAGGCCAUACAUGAUGUUGGGUAUGGGUUUCGCGUUUGUACCUCUGGCCAUGAUCACUUUCAAGCCAGUGCCAGAGCCUUAUUAUGAGCCAGUGUAUGGAAACGGAACUUGUUAUCUGGACCGGUCUUCGGUUUUGAACGCGGAUGCAAAACAGCAGGGAAUCCAUUAUGUCGUGAUAAAUACGAUUGCAUUUAUGUUGCUAUCUUUCGCUGAUGUCGCCGCCGAUGGUUUGAAGAUUGAGUAUUCUCAAAAAGAGGGCGAUAAGCAACGUGGAUCAAUCAACGUCAUCAUUUACAUGUUCCUGGAAGCAUCUACAAUAUGCAGCAUUAUCUUCACCGGUUUUCUGAUGAAUGGCGUCGAAUAUGGGGGCUCAUUUUGCUUCAGUAUCUCCUACCAAACUCUAUCUGCAGUCAUGUCUUCAAUGUGUUUUGUGGCGGUUAUAAAUGGAAUUUUCUUUGUGCGUGAUCAAAAACUUGGAGCAGUUCUAAGUGUUAAGCAACAAUUCAAAGCGUUUUGGUCUGCAUUUCAGUCGCGCGAAGUCUUGCAGGUGUUUAUUGUUCUAUUUUUCUGGGCUAUGUCGAUUCGGAUUUCGUCACCUGCCGGGGUAAAAGUCAAGAAAAACUGGGCUAAAGUGACCCCGUUAAUAACAACCUUAAGUCAGUUUAUAGCAACCGGGCUAGAGAUCAUUGGCGUUUGGAUUCUGAAGAAGUUUUUCUUGAAUGCAUCUUGGCGAAAGAUAUUUUUGUUCUCGCGGAUCUUACAUUUGGUGACUGAAAAUGUCGUUGAGUUCAUAACCAUUUUCGAUAUUUAUCGGAACCCUUAUUUCUAUUUUGCAGACGAUGUCAUUUCUGCGAUACCUGAAGGUAUGGGCCAUCUUGUCGGUGGUCUAAUGCUGAUUGAGAUCUGUCCGAAAGGACUGGAAGCCUUGUUCCACAGUCUACUCGUGACCUCGUUUAUAGUCGGGAUGAUAAUCGGAUCUCCAAUUGCAAAUGCUAUGACAUCCCCCUUUCGCAUUUCAACUGAUGAAAGGUAUAAUAACGACUCGAUUGUUGACCGUGAAAUGGUGGCAUGGUCAUUUGUUGUGACGCUUGUCGUCCAGGUUCUUUCGAUUCCUUUGCUGUUACUCUUGCCGUCGCAAAAAGGGGAUAUUGAGAAAUUGAAGUCGAAGAAACGAUUUUACCCGAAGACAGCUGGAAUAUUUUUGGCGAUGGUUUUGACGUUCUUCUUGCUUUCGUUUAUGAUGUCUGUUGCCACAAUGAUGCCAGGAUUUGCAUGUCUAAAGAUUUUAGGCGGCAAUGGGUGUCUUUAGACAAAAAAUCUUAUUUUUCACAAAUCUCAAAGACAUUUCAGAUUCUAGGUAGGUUUAUUUAAGCGUAGUGUAAGUGAACGUAAGACAUAAUUUUGUGCAUUAUUUCCAAUAACAUAUUUAAGGGAGGCUUUUGAAGUUCAAUUUGGAAAUAUAAUCUAUGUCUAAGGUUUUGCUUAUGUUAAAGUAUAUAGGCCCACCCUAAUUAAUGCAACAUUCAUAAUUUGGUAUUAACCUUCCAAGAUUCCAAGAUUAACAUUCCAAAUCUUGCUCCGAAAUAAAUUCCUGUAGUAAAUUGAUUGGUACUCUUGAAUGGAAUAAACUUAAUGAUAUCUUACAAAUAUAUCUUUUUGCAUCAA